AUUUAGUACUUAUUUACAACAAAAAUAAAAGGAGUUUUUGUUCAACCGGUCAUUAACUGAACAUACUUACCUCACCAUCUUUUUGUUGGAAGCCGGCUGUAGAUUUUUUUGUUAAGAAGUGCACAUGAUUAUGAAAUUUACAAAAGUCUAAAUCAAUAAUAAACUAAAAUUUCCUCAAGAACAUGAAUUUUGCACGUCUUAUAUUUACUAGAAGCGCUGGAGGCACAGGCUUAACGCAGAAGGUGACUGGAAUCUUCUAUCGGCAAAUCACCUUUGGCAAUGUCCAGCGUGCUUCACAGAAAUCUCUGACGCAAUUUGAAUCAAAACCGAAGCAAUUUGAGUUGAAGCUUCCAACACCAUUGACACACAGUCGAAAAGCGGCACAACAGGCGGCAGCAGGUGCUUCGGUAGCGCAAGUUCUUAAGAAACGCACCGUUCGCAAGAAGUGGGAUGACCACCUCUUCGAAGACUUGUCCGCGGAGGGUUUCUUCAACGUGUCUGCAUUUACAACUGCCGAAGAAUAUGAUCUGGAGGCACUCAUGAAAGGUUUAAACGAACAGAAUUUGUACACUGUCAAAAAAUACUUCUCCACAGAUAAUCUCGGCCUGGAACAGAAUGUGCUGUACGCUUCAGCGAAAUAUCCUGUAGGCAAGGAGGCACGGGAUAUAAUUAUCUUUCGCGAAGGAUCAGUGGUAUUGUGGAAUUUCAAUGACAUUGAAACCAAUAAUUUGUUAUCAUUUUUGCGUCCGUACGAGAAGGACCCUUAUUUAAGCCCACUAGUUCGCGGGGAAAGCGAGGUGAUGCCCUACAUGUACAUUCCAUCAACUGCGGUUGAUGUGGAAGGAGACUUGGUAUCUGCGUCAGAUACGGAAGUCGCACGUGCUUUCUUUCACAAUGGCAAAUUUUUCCUCGCGCCCGAGGGUGAUAAUUUUCUGCAGAAGUACACAUUCUCCAACGCAAUGGCAACUUCAAUAAAACUGGGCAUGUGGGAAGCCAUGCUCGAUCGUUAUAUUGAUUCAAUCGAAUAUCUCACAGAUGACCUGAAACGAGGACGACGCAUACGCAUGUCCCGUGCCGAGGUGUUGCGUAAAACAGGAGAACUCUUUGCUUUACGGCACGAGAUCAACUUGGCAUCGGAUUUGUUGGACACACCAGAUUUUUAUUGGGAUCGUGAAGAGUUGGAAGCAUUGUACCUGCAAGUUUGUUCAUAUUUCAGUAUUUCACGGCGAACAAAAGUGAUGAAUGAGAAGAUUAAUCACUGUGUAGAAUUGGCAGAGUUAAUAUCGCACAAUUUGAAUGACGCACAUCACAUUCGUUUGGAAUGGAUGAUAAUUAUUUUGAUUAUGGUGGAAGUUGGAUUUGAAAUCAUGCACUAUAUGGACCGAUUUUAUAAUAAAGAGACGGACGGCGCUCCUGUGUUACACUGAUAACAAGACAACUAACCGCAUUUAAGUUGAAAUAAUUAGAAUUGUUGAAUGUUUUUAUUGUUAGGCAAAUACAUAAAGUUUUUAACAUUUUUCACAAAA